AUGGCAAAGAAAAAAAAUGACGAUGUAACGGCGACGGCGGUGGCUGUACCACCAAACGAGGUGCGGUAUAAAGGUGUGAGAAUGAGGCCAUGGGGGACAUAUGGAGCUGAGAUUACUAACCCCAUCAAGAAGGUACGAGUCUGGCUUGAUACUUUCAAAACAGAGGAAGAAGCUGCAAGGGCCUUUGAUACGACGUCAAGGAUGUAUCACGGCCCUAAAGCCAAACUUAAUUUCCUAACAACAAAUGAGGAUAACCUUGAAAAUGCUAAUAAUAUAGAAACUUAUGUCUUCUUCGAUGUAUCCUUUUUGAGUGUUUUGUUUUUCUACAUAGAAUUAUGA